AGUCGGUUGGAGAAUCUGCUGCAAGGCGUGGGAAGGAAGGGAAGUAGGGAAGGUACCCUGCAGACGUCAGCCAGACACUUCGCCUCUGGGCAUGUGGGAACGAACUGAGGGAGGAAGGAAACGUCGCACAAGGGAGAGACGGAGGAGCUUCUGCGGCUGCCUUUGAGAGAGGAUCGGAGAGUUGGAGCAUUCUGCUUCCGUUCUUCCCUUCAGGAGGCCAUUUCUCCAUUUUUUUUAACCCAAAUAGAGAGGGGGCGCUGGGCUAAGCCAGUAUAAGUCACUCCGCACAGCAGACCUCAAUUCGGCCCUUAGUAAGGCCAGAGAGGUGGCCUUAGGGGGACGCUGAAGUUACUCGGUGGUGGGAGGGAGAAGGGUCUCCAAGCUCCUCUCCAAUCACAGCCGCUGCUGUAGCUAUUUGCAUAUAUUAUGCUAAUAGAACCUCCCGCUCCGCUCCCACCCGCGCUCCCGCCCCUUCGUGGGUCCAGGCGGGCUGGGCGAAGGUGAAUAUAUUAUGCUAAUAAGGAGGCUCCUGCGGGAGGGGGCGGUCCGCGCUUCAGGCGCGCGCGCACUGUCUCACUCGAGAGCAUCCCGGGGUAUUUAAGGCUCACAUGCGCGGGUCUGCGGAGAUACUUUCGGGGCCUCGCAGCUCGCGGUCGCUGCUUGGGUCACUCGGUUCCCCUCUUUUCUCUAUUCCUUUACCACCUACGGGGGCCGCGCUCUCGCUGGGUCUCUGCAUUUCCUUUUCUUUUCGGCCUUGAACUGAUCCAGGUGGGAGACAGGUCCGCGGGUGGAAAGAGGUAGAGAUAGGCAGGCAGGCUCAACAGGUCGGAGCAGGGAGAGGGGCUCUCGGACCCUGCGCCUCCGCGCGGGGGACCACUAAGGAGGUGUCGGAUUUUGGAAGGUUAGAAGAGCUGCCCUGGUGGGUUUCAUUUCAGCUGUGACCCCCACACUCCCGGCGCCACACAGUCCCCUGCCGGAGGGUGCUUUUCACUCCUAGCUGGAAGGGGAGAAGGAAUCUGGAGGACGGUCCACGCCGCUGAUCCGGACGCCGAGCCACGCGCAGGUCCAUCUCCAACCAACUAGUUGUGCAGCUGCAGGGACUGAACUUUGCAGGAACCAGCCCUUCCCCUCAUUCUAAGAUUAUUGGAGGAGGUAGAGAGUGGAAGGCGUAGCGGAGGCCGGCGACUCUGCCACAAUGUUGGUGAAGAAGCUUGCAGGGAAGGGAGGGGGACGAGAGUCUGGAUCUGAAGAUCCGCGCCCCUUGGGACAGCGUUGUGCCGGCACCAUGCCCUCGUGCGCGGCCCUGGCGACCCUCCUGUCAGUGGUUGCUGUGGUUUUCUGUUUGUAUCUUGGGGUGAAAACCAACGACCUCCAGGCGAGGAUUGCUGCUCUUGAAUCUGCUAAAGGGACCCCUUCCUUCCAUCCGCUGCCUGACACCAUGGAUGAGCUGAAGGCAAUGGUUCAGGAGAAAGUGGAGCGGCUCUUGGCUCAGAAAUCCUAUGAACAUAUGGCUAAAAUAAGAAUCGCCAGGGAGGCACCUUCAGAGUGCAACUGCCCAGCAGGUCCUCCAGGGAAACGAGGGAAGAGAGGCCGAAGAGGAGAAUCUGGUCCUCCUGGUCAGUCUGGUCCUCAGGGCCCUCCUGGUCCGAAAGGUGAUAAGGGAGAACAAGGUGACCAGGGGCCUCGGGGCCUGCCAGGCUUCCCCACAGUUGCUGCCCUUCACAGCAAUCAGAUCCUCACCGUCAAGGGUGACCAAGGACAGGCAGGGCCUCCAGGACCCCCAGGCCCUCCUGGUCCAAGAGGUCCCCCUGGGGACACAGGAAAAGACGGGCCCCGAGGAAUGCCAGGAGUACCCGGUGAACCAGGAAAACCAGGAGAACAAGGCUUGAUGGGACCUCUGGGGCCUCCAGGACAAAAGGGUUCCAUUGGAGCACCUGGGACCCCAGGCAUGGAUGGGCAAAAGGGUGAGCCUGGAUUACCUGGAGCGGCCGGUCAGAGUGGACUACCAGGACCCAAGGGGGAACCUGGAAACGAAGGAGAAAAGGGAGAUGCUGGAGAAAAUGGUCCCAAAGGUGACACAGGAGAAAAGGGUGACCCUGGAUCGUCCGCUGCAGGAAUUAAGGGAGAACCUGGAGAAUCUGGUCGUCCGGGGCAGAAGGGUGAACCAGGGCUGCCUGGGCUGCCUGGACUUCCGGGGAUAAAGGGAGAACCAGGCUUCAUUGGUCCUCAAGGAGAACCAGGCUUACCAGGGUUACCAGGAACAAAAGGCGAACGUGGGGAGGCAGGGCCUCCUGGAAGAGGUGAACGAGGGGAUCCUGGAGCCCCGGGGCCAAAGGGUGAUCGUGGAGACAAAGGAGACUCUGGAGCUCUGGGACCACGGGGUCCUCCUGGGCAAAAGGGAGAUCCAGGAGCCACUGAGAUCAUAGACUACAAUGGCAACCUCCAUGAGGCCUUACAGGGCCCGCCUGGACCUCCUGGACCUCAAGGACUGCAAGGACCAAAGGGUGAGCAAGGCUCUCCAGGAAUCCCCGGAGUUGAUGGAGAACAGGGACUCAAAGGCUCAAAGGGAGACAUGGGGGACCCAGGUAUGCCAGGUGAAAAAGGAGGAAUCGGACUUCCUGGAUUGCCGGGCGCCAAUGGAGUAAAAGGAGAGAAAGGAGACUCCGGGUUGCCGGGUCCUCAGGGGCCUUCUAUCAUAGGCCCACCAGGCCCUCCAGGUCCCCAUGGCCCACCUGGUCCCAUGGGACCCCAUGGACUUCCUGGACCAAAGGGUGAACCAGGGUUAAAUGGUGUUAAAGGAUUGAAGGGUGAACCAGGUCAAAAGGGUGACAGAGGACCCCUUGGUCUUCCAGGAGCAUCUGGCUUAGACGGAAAGCCAGGAUCCCGGGGUGCAGAUGGUCCUAUAGGACCCCAUGGCCCUGCAGGUCCCAAAGGAGAAAGAGGAGAGAAAGGAGCUGUGGGAGAGCCUGGACCCCGAGGGCCCUAUGGGCUACCUGGCUUCCCUGGUCCUCGAGGCGAGAAGGGUGACCUGGGAGAAAAGGGAGAAAAGGGGGAAAAGGGAAAGAAAGGCAAAAAAGGGCCUAAAGGGGAGAAAGGAGAACAGGGCGCUCCUGGAUUAGAUGCACCCUGCCCGUUGGGACCGGAUGGAUUACCUAUGCCUGGAUGCUGGCAAAAGUGAUGAAUCUGACCUUCCAAGCAUGAAGUUGUGUAUAUAAUGGUCCACCUUUUAUAUUUAUAGUUGAAAAACUGAAGUGCAGAUUUUGCAAGUGUGAGGUCUGCUCACCCAACACACUGCUUCUCCCUGUCCACAGUAGCACACUUGUCCAUCUUUCCUCACCCCCGAAGUAAGGCAGUUCCCGGAAGUGAGGAACCUGCAGGAAAUAUAGUGUCUCUAUUUUAUGUGAACAUAUGUGUUUAUACGGACAUCAGUGAUAGAGAACAAUUGAUUGCUUUUGCUAUUUUCCUAUUUGGGGCUUGUUCAUUGCAUGGACAGAGAGCACCAUGAAAUAGUUUACAUGAAAUCGUGACCAAAUAUGGACUGAAAGCUAUGAACAUGCGUCACACAUUCCCUGGUAGCAUUCAUUCAUUCAUGCCUACACCACCUACUGAAACUGACUAAAAGCAGCAUGACCGUGUGCCAAACCUGCUUGCGCUAGUGCAGAUGCUUGCAUGCUGCCCAGUGAGUUCUCUGACUACAUCUGAGCUCUUGUUCCUUUUGUCGUCUCAAGGGGGUUACACCGUGGCUUAUUGCCAAAAAGAGAUAAGUUGGCGGAGAGCACACACACACAGUUGGUCUUGUAUUUUGAGGGAGUUGCAGUCCCGACUGCAGAUCCACAGCUCCUGAUCUUGUGGGCUCCUGUGAACACCUUGGUUGAAAUACCAAAGGGUUAGGCUGAUGGCGGCCACUAGUUUUCCUCCGGCUGCGCUUGGCAGCGAAGACGUGGGAAGAGGACCGGUUCAGCAUCCUGCACUGUCUUUCACGUGACCGAGUUGGGAGGAGCUUUACAAACGCGAACACCCAGAGCAGCAGAAAUUGGUUUUCUACAUGAUCUGAUCAGACUUCCCACGGUUGUUGAUGCUUUGGGAGAAUGUCAGAGGUAUGCAGCCGUGUUUUGGAGACAGCAGAGUCUUGAAACGGAGGCCCCUGUUUGUGCAGAUUGAAAGGUGCGGACCUACCAGAGCUGCUGAAGAGAGAGAGAGACUGCGUCCCAAGAUGGGAUCAGACAGAAUAAGCCGUGCUACGAAUGCAGACUUUACCAAAAGUGGUCGGAAAGUGUCCCUUCCUUCCUUUCUUCCCAGGUUGAUCCAUACCAAACGUUUUUUUCUACAAGUUUGAGAAACAAAACGUAGUUUCCAGUUUCUCUCAUACUUUCUAUUUUCUUAGUCCAGGAACAGAAACCAUUUAUUUCAGUUUGGGCCUCAUGGGUUUUUAAACAAUAUUUUUAGAAAAGUUUUCAGAUCACAAUUUGAAUCCAACCGCAAAAAAUAAGCUCUUCGCAUCUCUUUUUUGUUGGUUGUUUGUUUGAGAUAAUUGAAGAAAUUAGAGGGAGAUUCCAUUUUUGGCUUAACUGUUGUAAAGUAUGAAGGUUAAGAAUUGUUUCACUACAUUUUUUAUUUACAUUGACAAUGUACCUGUCAGUUAUUGUAAAGUCAAAUUUUUAUUACACUUGGUAGCAUGAACUUGCUUCUUCUAAGCUUUUUUUUUCUAUAUCGAAGUUUAUUUCUCACUUUUGUUUUUACAUUUCUAAGUGUCGUAUACACAGACCAAAUCUGAGACCUCAGAAAGCUCUGAAGUACAGUUGCCAAAAAAACGAGUCUUUGUUUUUAUUGACUUGCUCAAAACUCACCCGAGUCUUAGCCUGGGCAUUUCUUUGCAUGGUGAAGACUUCACGACAUGUUUUGAAAUAACUUAUCCUAAGUGGAAGGGUUGCCUCAAAGAAGAAGCACCCUCAGUGGGAACCGCCAUUCUGGUAGCCCAUAAGAGAAUUUCAUUUCCCUCAGUGAUUAAAUGCCAUUUUUAUGGGAAUGUUUCUGGUUCUGGGCUUAGAUAUUUACCACCAGAGGGGAAAUCAGUUCAUGCUUGGGAUAACAGUAAUGAAGCUACAGCUUCGACACAGACCCUAAGAUAUCGUUCAUGUUGUGUAACCAAAUGCUUGAUCAUGCAAAAUGGUGUCUUCUUUUUCUUCUUUAUGUCAUUUCUGAGAUUAGAAUUUAAUAUUUCUGAUAACAUUCCACACUCCUAAGCCAAUUUAGUAUUUUUUUUAAUGGAGACUAUUUUCUAACAAUUUCUUGUAUGGUGUAGUUAGGGUAAGGUAUUUCUCAAUAUAUGAAACAAUUCGUCUUAAAUCUUUUGAGGGGCAAAAGUGAGCCCAAGACUACACAUUAUCUCCAGGAAAGAAAACCAGAACAACUAUAGAGUCUUGAGGCCAUAUAUCCUCUUAUCCUCCUUUCUGUUUCUCCACUUGAAAGAGGUUUAUUUAAAACGUAAAGAGAUUCGAAUGAGACUAGCUCAACAAAAGAAGCAGGAAAGCACUGGACAGAGCCCUGGAAAGAUACCGCCUAGACUGUGUGUGCAUCUGGGGUCUGGCUUGUAAGACACAUUUAAAGGAAUAUGUAAACGUCCAUUUCAUGUACAGACUGAAGGGACGAUGGUGGUCCUCUGUGCUUAGUGGAUUGCUAGGUUAACCACCAUGAGUUAGCCUUAAACUUCGGGCUCUUAAGACAUCAUUAAUCAUCCAUUUUAUCAUCAAGCUGAAUAAUUUCCAAAUGAGUGAAUAAUAAGUCAUCAUUGCUAGUACAUAGGUUAAUAGAUAGCAUUCUUUCUUAUAAAGACUUCUUUAGGAGAAUUAAGAAAAAAAUUGAAGCACCCAUGGGAAAUACAUCAAGGUCAGGUUUUUGGGUUUUUUUUUCUUCAGAGACAGCCAACCUCUCUAAAGGAUGGCAUUGUUGUGUCCUUUGCAGUGUUUUCCAUUAGUAUUGUUGGUGCUGAUAAGUCUUCUUUCUUUUUAUCUUUAUCUUUGAAUGGAUAAUUUCAUUUCUCUGUUUAAUGGCGUUCCCGAGCUAUUAGUGCACAGUUUCAUUUUGGGAGUUCAUGAAUUUGUUGUAAAUGUAGUUCAGUGGCCAGCCUUUCCUGAUGUGAACCAGCCUUCCGAGGCUCCCCGUGUUCUUUGCUCACGUUAUACGCCACAUGCCUUUAUCAGUUCGCAUUGAUUGCCUCCCCUUUUGAGUCACUCGCCUUUCAGCUUCCAUAGCCGGUGUUCAAGAAGUCUGCAUGACACAUAGGUCACCUGGUAAAUGGCUGUCCUUUCCCGCCAUCAAAGGCAGCCUUGGAGGAUUCUUCCUUGCCCUGUUAUUUUAUGGAGAGCAUUGGAAUGCCUCCCCUUCCUACCAGUACAAAGCUCUGUGUCUUUGUAUCUACACUCUGUGCAUAUGAUGCGUUAGUGGGGCAGUUUACAUGUAUGACAUGUACUUUGUGUAUAUAUCUGCUAGCUUAAGAAAAUGGUCAGAUCACCAUUCUGCACCUAUGGGUAAGCUGUCCUUGGUGUCUUACAUGUUUGGCACUCAGGAAACACGCCUAAAGUAUUUCCAAGUAUGCUUUUAAAAUAUUGCUAGCAAAGCAUUAAAAAAAAAUAACGUUUUUAAUCCCCGCCACCUGCUAUACCUGUCUUACUGUAGUUUGGCAUCUUCUCAUAAGGGGUUGUGAGAAACUUGGAUGCUGACAUUUGAGACCUUUAUUUUCUUCCUUUCUUGAUGUUCAAAUUAUUUAAUGCUACUAAGACAAAGAAAACAAAAGCUUUGCUAUCUUACGAGGUUCGUGGGAGGUUUAUUAUCCCAGAAAUCAUGAGGAGGUCAGAUCUGGUGCUGGCGAUUGACAGCCCUGAGCAGUUAUAAUUCUGCCAAGCUCCCUUAGCUGUAAAAGUCUUUUGUCUUUUACAGAAAGGAAACAGGUCUGUUUUCCUAACCUAUCUUCUCUUUCAUCUUCUUUUUGCCCCUUGUUUUAUGCCCAGAGACACUCCUCUCACUUAGAUUGCUGGUGAAUUUAUUUAGGGUUUUCCUUACUUUUAUACUAAUAAACAUUUUAAUGACUUUUUUUUUCCACUAAAAUGUAUGAGCUGCCUCCCCUGCUUAUUGGCAGAGUGAUUUGGAGACAGGAGGAUGGACCCCGUUGUGCUUGAUUUCUUAACAAGAGAAAAAUACCAACAUUUUUCAAAAUGAGUUGACAUUCUGACCCAUCUCAGAAAUACUAAUGAGUCGGAUUCAAGGAGGAACGUCUCCCAUAUUGCUGACAUCUGGGUGGAUAUUCUUUACAAUGUUGUAAAUGUUUCAUUAAGCUGGACAUUUUAAAAAAGAUGUAUGUAUCUGAUUUAUCUUUUGGAAAUAUUAUAUUUUUAUUUGUAUUUUUUACAUUUUAAAGUUCAUCUCUAUGUGCAGCUAUUUUUAUAUUGCCAAAAACUCACAUAAAUACAUAGAAAGAGGGGAAUGGGGGGGUGGCACAUGUAACCUUGUGUGUAGGGUUUUAUUUUAAUGUUUUAUGGGUCAGUCUCGUGUUACUUGGUUAUUCUAAGAAUGCGUUGUAUCUUUUCACUGUACAUAUGGCACAAACUUGAUUAUCUCAGUAGUGUAAAUAUUUAAAAGAUUGAUUUUUUCCCGUUUGAUUUUUUAUUUCAGUUGUAAUUUUUCCAACUGUCAUUACCGAAUCAAAGGCCUGUGAAGGUUUUGAUUUGCAAUCUGGAGAUGAUUGUUUUGUGUUCACUUUCUGAUUUGUUGGGUUUUUUUAAUUACUUUCAAAACUUGUUUUCAGGGUUCCUAGUUUGUGAGAAGUUGACCUUCGGAAUUAUUUUUACACUAUUUAUGACUUAUUUUCAUAAUGUAAAAAGUGUGUAAUUAUUACAUUAACCCAAACAAUGAUAAUUGUAUUGUUAUAAAGUUUUAAUGAUAUUCCUGA